CCGCACUAAUACCCUUCAGAAAUAAACACGCGUGUCACACUCACAGCAGUGAAAAAUAGUGAAUCAUCAGUUCAUUACAUCUGUGAACUGCUCUCCAGGCGAUACAACUUACAAGGAACUGAUAGCUCUCCAACAUGGACGCUACACUGACUUCACAGCAGGUGCGGCAAAUCUUCAUAGAUUUCCACGUCAACCAUCCCCUAUUCAAGCACGACUUUUUCCGGUCCAGCUCCACCAUCCCGCUGGACGACCCAACACUGCUCUUUGCCAACGCCGGCAUGAACCAGUUCAAAGCGAUUUUCACCGGCACCGUGGAUCCGAACAGCGACAUGGGCAGGCUGAAACGCGCCGUCAACAGCCAGAAGUGCAUCCGCGCCGGCGGGAAACACAACGACCUGGAUGACGUGGGCAAGGACACCUACCACCACACUUUCUUUGAGAUGCUGGGAACAUGGUCUUUCGGCGACUACUUCAAGAAAGAGUGUUGCCAGAUGUCGUGGGAACUUCUGACAGAGGUGUACAAACUCCCCAAGGAUCGUCUGUACGUCACGUAUUUUGGCGGAAGCAAAGAGGACGGCUUGGAGGAGGACGUAGAGACCAGACAGAUAUGGAUCGACCUCGGCGUGCCACCAGAACGGGUGAUGCCGUUCGGCACGAAGGACAACUUUUGGGAGAUGGGUGCCACUGGACCCUGUGGGCCCUGCACGGAGGUGCACUACGACCGGGUCGGUGGAGGUCGGGACGCCUCGGAGUACGUCAACAUGGACGACCCCAACGUGGUUGAACUCUGGAACCUCGUGUUCACGCAGUUCAACAGAGAGUCAGACGGAAGCCUCCGGCUGCUACCCAAGAAAAACUGCGACACCGGCAUGGGUCUGGAACGAAUCGUCUCCGUCCUGAAAAGCCAGGACUCCAACUACGACACCGAUUUGUUCAUGCCCAUUUUUGAGGCAGUGCAGAAGGCCACCGGUGUCCGGCCCUAUGCCGGUAAACUGGCCGCCGAAGACACAGACGGGGUUGACAUGGCGUACCGAGUCGUCGCCGAUCACAUCCGCACACUGACCAUAGCCUUGUCUGACGGAGGCAGACCUGACAACAUAGGCAGAGGAUACGUCCUGAGACGCAUUCUACGCAGGGGGAUACGAUACGCCACCGAGAAACUGAAAGCCAAGCCGGGAUUGUUUGCCAGCCUGGUCAGCGUAGUCGUGGAGAGCUUGGGCGAAGCCUUCCCCGAGGUCACCAAGGACCCCCAGCUGGUGAUGGACGUCAUCAACGAAGAAGAGGCGCAGUUCCUGCAGACGCUCUCCAGAGGGCGCCGCGUGCUGGAGCGCACCGUCAACAACCUGGGGGCGGAUGUCAAAGUGCUGCCAGGCAAGGCCGCCUGGCUGCUGUAUGACACCUACGGGUUCCCCAUUGACCUGACGACCCUCAUCAUGGAGGAGAAAGGAAUGACCAUCAACAUGGCCGAAUACGAGGAGGAAAAGAAGAAGGCCCAGAUUCUGUCCCAGGGCAAGGGGUCAGGGGUUGACGACACCAUCAGUCUCGACGUCCACGCCAUCAACGAACUUCAGGAGAAGAGAAAAGUGCCACCCACCAACGACAAGGUUAAGUACAAUUACACCAGCGACGCAGCAGGGAACUAUCAGUUUGAGUCCACGGUGGGCACCGUCAUCGCCCUGCGCAGGGACAAGCAGUUUGUGGAGGAGGUCCAGCGGGGUGACGAGUGCGGCGUCCUGCUGGACCAGACGUGCUUCUACGCCGAGGCGGGCGGGCAGAUUUACGACGAGGGCUUCAUGGAGAAGGCAGACAAUGCCGACAUUGAGUUCAGGGUUACCAAUGUCCAGGUCAAAGGUGGCUACUGCCUUCACAUCGGCAAGGUGUCCGCCGUGGAUUUGGACGGGAAGAUCAAGAUCGGAGAUCUCCUCAAACUGGCCAUCGAUGAGGUUCGGAGGAGGCCCGUCAUGAAUAACCACACAGGCACCCACGUGCUGAACUUUGCCCUGCGACAGGUGUUGGGAGAAGCCGACCAGAAGGGGUCGUUGGUGGCGCCAGACAGGCUACGAUUUGACUUCACUGCCAAGGGGGCCAUGACAACACAAGAAGUCAAAGAGACCGAGCGCAUCGCCAACGAGGUCAUCGGCAAGGCCGACAAAGUCUAUGCCAUGAACACCCCGCUGGCGCAGGCCAAGGCCAUCCAGGGACUCCGAGCGGUGUUUGACGAGGUUUACCCAGACCCUGUUCGUGUCGUCAGCAUCGGCAUCCCCGUCGAAGAACUGGUGGCUGAUCCCGCUGGACCCGGGGGCUCCAUGACCUCCGUGGAGUUCUGCGGUGGCACGCACCUCCAGAACAGCGGUCACAUCGGCUGUUUCGUCAUCACCUCGGAGGAGGCCAUCGCGAAGGGAAUCCGUCGCAUUCAAGCAAUCACUGGCGAGGACGCAGACAAGGCUAUCAGUCGAGGCAAGGCCAUGGAGGUCCUGAUUGAGAAACUCGCCAAGGAGAUUCAAGACAACGGCAACGCCAACCAGAAGCUACUGUUAAGGAAGGUUUUGGAGCUAGGAGAUGACGUGAACGUGGCCGUCAUCCAGCAGUGGAAGAAAGACGAGCUCCGCGCUCAGCUGAAGGACCUGAAGAAGAUCAUGGACGACAUGGACAAAGCGUGCAAAGCGGCCCAGGUCCAAGCCGCCAAGGAGAGUGCCAAGCAAAUGAUAGCCGAAUCCCCUAACGCUCCGUACGUGGUGGCCAGGCUGGAGGCGGGAAGCAGCGGCAAGGCGUUGGACGGUGCCCUCAAGGAGUACAAGGCCGGCUCGCCCAACACUGCCGCCAUGUUGUUCAGCGUGGACGCCGACUUGGGCAAGGUCCUGUGCAUGGCCCAAGUGCCAAAGGACGUGGCUGCUAAAGGCCUGAAGGCCAACGAGUGGGUCAAGCAGGUCACUGAGGUCAUCAACGGCAGAGGCGGCGGCAAAGACUUGGCCGCCCAGGCCACAGGGGACCGGACGGCUGGGAUUGACGAGGCGCUCCGCCUGGCCAAGGAAUUUGCUCAGCUCAAACUGAGCAGUUAGUGCACGGCACGAGCCAGAGGUGUGGGAUAAAAGAUUUGCUGAGAUGUACAGACGUUUCACUGAGCAUCCGAGAUGGCCCCCUUUAAUGGCAGAAGCAUUCGGUUGGAUUUUGUACAAAGUGACUGUCACAGAACAGUGGCUCUGUACGCUUAUUUUCACAAUGCACACCGCCAUUGACGGGGGCCACAACAAAUGACCAGCGAUGGCAUGAACAUUGUCUCCAGAUUUGCUCAUAAGACCUAGGCGAAUGCACAAACUUACCAGGGUGAUUGAAUUGGCUAAGGCCAAGCUGGACAAUAAAUGCUCAGCGUGAACAGUUGAUGUGGAAAAUCAGCAUUCUCUGCCACGUCCUCUCAGUGAGCUCUGGAACCUAAUACUUUGGUGAGAUCCAAACUAAAUUUGGGUGGACGAAAAUUAAUGGAUUAGUAAAAUGUUUAUCGUUACUGGGCUAGUGAUGUUUUAACAUUUACAGAAAUUAAAGUAUAAAAUCUAAAUGUCUCAAACCAUGAUAUACUAUUUCAAAACAAGGCUGGAUUAUCUCCUCUAUUGAGAGCAAAAAAAUGUCGGUAAUGCCCAGCAGCUCA